GAAGAGUUGACAGCUUAUUUAACUUCUUUUCUUGAUAUUGAUGGAUGUUUCCAUAUCAGGCGAAUCUCCUUUUUCUUCUGCCUCUGAUGUUGAUAAUUUAAACCACCCAAUGACAGCAGACAAGGUUGCUUUUCCAAAAGGUGUUAGCUCUCCCCAGGUUGCUGGAAAUCAUGUUAUUUCUGCUAAAAACCGCCCUAACUUUGUGCGGUUCCUCAAUUUUGCACAGGAUGUAAAUCAUGCCAUGGAAGCUUCAAGGAAAUCACGAAUUGCUUUUAUACAUGCUAAAUCAAGUUUGUCUGGGGAUGAUAAUGGGGAAGUUAUAUAUUCUUUGAAAAAGGCUCUUGAUUUUAACUUUCUAGACAUAGAGGGAUUGCUACGUUUAAUACGCAAUGCGAUGGAAGCCAUUGGCUAUUAA